AUGAAAAAAGCAAGUAAAAUUAUAAUUGGUAUAUUAGGUGUAUCAACAGUGACAGCAGGAGUUAUAAAUUAUAAAUUAGGAGAAAAAGUUAAAUCAUUAGAAGUAGAGAUAUCAGAGAAAAAAGAUCAAAAUAAACAAAUUGAAAUUAAACAUCAAGAUCUUGGUAAAGAAUUAUCAAGAGUAAUUGAUGAUAAAGUAAGCAUCGAGAAUAGAACCAAAGAUAUUGAAAGAACCAAUCAAUAUUUAAUUGAACUAUUUAAUGGAUUCAAUGGGAUUACCUACGAGCAAUUGAGUCUAAUACCAUCGAAUAUUCACGGAUCGGCAUUCCCCCACAAUCAACUGCACUAUAAGUUAAUAGGGGAAUUGGGACUCCCAAGCUCGCAGAAUCUAUGGUUCUACGAAACCUAUAUUUCCUCAUUGAAUUUCGAGAGAAAGGUGCCCAAUUGGGUAUGUCAGCGUAUUGAAAUCCAAGAUUUUAAAGAGAAAAUAGCGGAUCGUAAGCAUUGCAAUUUCAACAAUAACACCAUCCAAGUGCCUCACCAUUUCAAACAAGAAAAUAAAGAUUACUGGGGCAGUGGGUGGAGCAAAGGUCAUAUGGUACCCGCUGGCGAUAAUAUAAAAAGUCAAGAAUCAAUGUGUCAAACCUUUCUAUUGAAUUCAAAUAUUGUACCACAAGAUUUAAAUAAUAAUCAAAACUUUUGGUAUAGGUUAGAAUCAUUUUGUAAGAAUCAAUUAAUCAAUCGUUUUAAAUCUGUAACGAUCAUCAGUGGUCCAAUCUAUCAUCAUCCAAAUUUAAUUGAACAAUUGGAUGAAGAUCAAUUAAAAUCACGUCCAAAAUAUUCUAAACAAACUCAAAAGAAAUUUGUAAAAUAUGAAGUAAUUGGUGACAGAAAUGUAGCAGUACCAAAUUAUUUAUUUAAAAUUAUUUUAGUUGAACCAAAAGAUGAUAAUAAUAAUAAUAAACAACAACAACCAUAUUUAGUUAGUAGUUUUUUAAUACCAAAUGAACCAAUUUCAUCAGAUGCAGUUUUAACAGAUUAUCAAGUACCAUUACAUGAGAUUGAAGUUAAAACUGGUUUACAAUUCUUUAAGAAAUUAAAUCCAAAAACUGAUAUUCAAUCAUUAUGUGAUUCUGAUCCAAUCAAUUGUAUGAUGAUGACUGAAAAAGAUUUAUUACCACGUUUAAUUGGUUUUUGUAGAUCAACAAAAGAUAUCAAUGAUUUAAAAAAUGAAUAUAAACAUAUUAAUUGGGGUGAUAGUUUAACAAAUUUAUUAAAUUCAAAAUCAUUAGAAAUAAAUCAAAUUGAAGAAUUAAAAAAUCAAGAAAGAUUAUUAAAAAAACAACAAGAAGAACAAUCAAAAAAUUAA